ACAGACCGGCUCGGAGAGGAGAGCAGAUUUUUAUCACGUUGGAAACAGUGUUUUGAGUGAUUGUAGUAAAGUUUAUUUUUGCAUUUGCACCUUUUUUGUCAUUAAAAAUGCCUGAACGCGCUUCGUGUGAAGUAAUAAAAGGAGCCGACCGGCUCCGCUUGCGUGCUCUUUCUCGCUCGCGCAGCCGAUCGGCUCUGAUUGCGUGCUCUUUCUCGCUUGCGCAGCCUGUCGGCUCCGAUUGCGUGCUCUUUCUCUAUCGCGUAGCCGAUCGGCUCCGAUUGCGUGCCCGCUGCGGCCGCGCCGACCGCCAUUUUGAUAGCAACAUUUGAACGUAAUAGUUGUGCGUACUUGUACGAAAAGAUGAAUGAUGAAAAAUUAAUAAUACUCGUGUCAAAAUAUGAGUGUUUAUUUGACAUAACCAAGCCAUCAUAUAGCGAUCGGAUAAUGAAAGACAAUGCAUGGGAGGAAAUUAGCAAAUGUCUCGGAAUAAGUGUGACGCAGUGCCAGGAUCGUUGGAAGAAACUGCGAGAUAACUUCAGAAAAGCCUAUUAUAACCGAAAAGGCAAGAGUGGCGAUGGUGCAACUACGUCCAAAUUGAUAAAAUUUGAAAAAGAACUUUCUUUUAUAAUACCAUUUUUUCGCAAUCGAAACCAAAUAUCUAAUGUAACAUUAUCAUCGGAUGAUUCAGAGCCUGGCACACCAAUACCACCACCAUCGACAUCAUCUAAACGUUCUGACCAUUCUGAAGUUGAAUCGCUUGCAAGUACUUCUGGCUCGAAAAAGAGACCACGCUUAAGCAAAGAUGUUGCUACGGUUUUCGAAGAGUAUCUUGAAGAAAAAAGAAAUACUACACCCCGUGACAAGGCAUUACGUAAUUUUUUUUUGUCUAUGUCAGAUACAGUGGAAACAUUCCCAAAAGAAGUCCAAGCACGAAUUAAAAGGCGCGUGUUUAACAUUGUUAAUGAAGCUGAAUUAAGUCUGUAUGAAAAUAGUACAGAUUUGAAUUAUUCUUUGUCUAUAAAUUCACCGCCAUCGACUAAUCAAUCUACUUACCUAGUGUCAAACGAAACCUAUAUUCCUCAAAACUAUCCAGAUCAGACUACUUACGGGUACAAUACCAGCACACAAAAUACAAAAUAAUAAACAAUCAAAAACAAUAAUAAUUAUAAUAAUAAUAAUUAAACACACACAAAUCUGUACUAUUUAAUUACAUUUCAUUAACGUAAAUAAUGCUUAAUAAAUGGAGGGCUGUGAUUUUGUGAUCUAUUUAGAUGUUUGUGUUAUUUAACAUGAUUAGUAUAAGUAAUUUACAUUUCAUUAACGUAAACAAUGCUUAAUAAAUGGAGGGCUGUGAUUUUGUGAUCUAAAUAACAUGAUUAGUAUAAAUAAUUGUUUUUUAUUUACCUUAAA